CUUAACAACAUAAUACACAUAUUAAAAUAUGACGCGCCAACUAUCUAGGCCUGCUCAUCUUUGACCUGUACAACUUGACUAGUCAGCGCAAACACGCAAGCGCCCGGCAAGGAACAACUUCUACGACUGCAUCCUGCGCAUCCAGAUUAUCCAGUUGGCUGCGAGCGCUGCGUUGAGGCCAAGCUGCAAGCUUGCGAGGCCCGCCUAACACCAACUCCUGGCCAGCUUGGGACCUUGCUCCAUGAAUUCAGUCGCCUCGUGUGAGCUGCUGCGACAUAGUGCCGCCGCAUCGCCCUUUACCCCAGCCGCGGCCACCGCCGCGCACCUUCACGCCUGCAACAACGACUCCCCCGCUCGACCCAACUCCUCCGUCCCGACCGGCACCCCCACCUCCACCUCAGCCGCCUCCUCCUCCACCGGCAACGCCGCCUCAUCAUCUGUCUCCAGUGACGCCAGCGGGACCAGCGCCAACGCGCCUCGCCUGCGCCUCAAGCUCAAGCGGGCAUAUCAGCCGGCAGCAGGCGCCCCACCUCCCAUGGUCGACACCAUCAUCAUUCCCAUGCCGCCACCCCCGCAGCUCCCCCGCUUGGUUUCCUUGCUCCCAUCAGCGGCGGAUCUGACCGACUCGUCGCACUUUGACAACUCGGCGGCGGUCUUCGAGCAACCGCAACAGCAACAGCCGGCAGUCACGUCAGCCGACACGGGUCGUGUCGCCAAACCCGCCGCAACCGCAGCGCCCACGGGGGACCACGCCCGCCCGACAGCUGACCAGGCGGACACCGAGGCGGCCGCCAUCACGGCGGCGGUGCUUGCGGCGGCGGCGGCGGCGGCGGGCUCCGACUGCGUGCCGGGCGCACAGCAGCUGCAGCAGCUGCAAGCCCUUGCAGCAGCGGUGGAGUCCAUUUCGCCGGCGGCGCAGAGCGACUCCCACGCGCCCGAUAUGCCGUCGCCGCUGCUGCACCACCAACUGAUGUCGAGCGCUGCUGGUGCCGACGGCGGCGGCGGCAGCCGCAGCGGCCGCAGCAAGAUUCGCCGGGUCCCGUCAGGGAGCAUUGUAUCGGCCGCUGAGGCGCUGAUGCUUGUGCGUGGCGGCAGCGGCAACGCGUGCAGCGGCGGCGGCGGCGGCGGCGGCGGCGGCACCGCGCCAAGCGCCGCGCCCUGGCCUGCUGCCGCCGCCGCCACCGCUGUCACCACUGGCACUACCACCAGCGCACUGCCUGCGCCGCCGCCGGCGGCGCCACCAUCCCCCACCGCCGCCGUAGCAGCUUCUGCCGUCGUCAUUUCUGCCACCGGCGGUGCCACCGCCGCAUCGUCGUUGCCGCCGCCAUCCGCCGCCGACGCCGACGCCGACGCCACGGCAACUGGCGACACCCGCCUGCCGCCGCCACCGCUCCUGGUGCGCGCACUGCACCUGCUGCUCAAACUCAACCGCCAGGCGCAGCAGCAGUCGGCCCAACCGCCACCGGCUGCUGCUGCUGCCGCAGCUGCCGCGCCGCCGGCUGCUGCGGCCGUCGCGUCUCCGGACGUCGCUGCCACCGCGCCCCCGGCUGCUGCUGACACUACCGCCACCGCCGCGCCAAAGGUGCCUGCCGCAACCGCCCCUGCUCCUUCACCCGUGCCAGCCCCAACCGGGCCCCAGCACAAGCGGCAUCCGCCGCCACUCCCGCCGCCCAUGCCUGCCUCGGCCCCACGCGCCCGCCAAGCCAGCCAGGCCAACCCCAAGGGCGCCAUCAUCCCCACCGCAACGGCGGCCCCCGCCCCGCCGUCGCUCGAGGACCGCCUCCAGCGGGCCCUCGCGGCGGCCGGUGCAUCUGAGCUGGCGUCCUUCGUGUGCCAGGUGAAGUGUACCAUGCGCCAGGCGCAACGGGAGCAAGAGCAGCAGCAGCAGCAGCUGCAGCAGCCAGCUGCGGCUGCGGCUGCGGGAGUCAAGCCGGCGCGGCCGGUGCGGCGGCAGCGGUCGCAGUCGGCGCAGCUGCAGUCGGCACCGCAGACGCCGCCGGAGCCGGAGCCGGAGCCGCCGGUGCCGCGUCAGGGGCCGCGGCAGGGUCAGAAGCGGCAGCAGGGCUGGAACCGGCUGGCGGCAGAGCUCCUGCCUGCCGCCUCAGCCGCCGCCGCCGCCGCCGCUGCCGCUGCCGCCGCCGGCUUACCGGCCUCCACGCCGGUUCCGCAGCCCGAAGUGAUCGAGAUAAAGGACGAGAUGGACGAGAUGGAGGCCGCGUCGAUGGGGCCGGUGAACUCGGCUACGGCCGCCGCCGCCGCCGCCGCCACUGCCGUUGCCGGCAGCCCAGCGCGUUCUCGUGGCAGUGGCAGCCGCAGCCUGGGCCCUGACGCCGACGCCGAUGCGGAGACAAACGGCGGCACGCGCGCGGCGAAGCGCCUGCGUGAGAGCAGCGCCGCCGAGCCCGCGGUGGCGGCAACGGCACCACCGCAGCCGGAUCCUCUGCCAGCCGCGCCGCCGGCACCAGCCCCGCUGCAACUGCUGCCGCUGCCGCUGCCGCCGCAGACUCCCGGCUACGCCGGCGCCGCGCCGGCGCCCGCACCGCCGCCGCCUGCCGCCGCCGCCGGCAGCUACACCUCCACUCCCUCGGACGUGGCACAGCAGCGGCCGCGCUUUCCAGCAGCGUACGGCUCGGCCCUGCCCCCUCUGCCGCCGCCUCCGCCGCCUCCGCCGCUGCAGGCACCGCAGACGCAGCCGCAGCCACCGUCUGCGCCUGCUGGCCCCCCGGCGAGCCCCGGUGGACCCAUCAGCUUCGUCCCAUACCGCCCGGCGCCUGCUCCCUCUGCCGGUUGCGGCGGCGCCGCCGCGCCCGCCUGCUCCGCGCCCCCCAGCCCCGCCGCGGCUGCCGCUGCCGCCGCGCCCCUGUUUGCCGCGCUGCGUCACCGCGUAUCGGCUCUGGAGUGGGAGGUGCGGCAGCGUGACGGCCAACUGAAGGAGGCCGCACACGCAGCCGAGGUGGCGGCGCUGCGACUGCGGCUGGCGGAGCAGCAGUCUGAGAUGGAGCGGCGUGAGGUGGAGCGGCUUCGAAACGAGCUGCGCCUGCUGCAGGAGCAGCGACAGCAACAGCAAUACCAGCAGCAGCAGCCGCAACAGCAGAUGGCGCAGUAGCUGCACCGGCGGCGGCACCGGCACAGACGGUUACGCAGCAGUUAAGGCCAGGCGCCUGGUCAGAUGCGGCGGUGGGGUCAUAAGGAGGGCGCGGCAUGAGUAGGGGGGGCACGAAUUUCUCUGUGGCUGUGUCUCUGGCUGUGGGCCUGAUGGAGAGCAAGUGAGCAUGGCUCCGACAAGUGACAAACGAAUGCGGAACAUCAAAAGCGUGUGGACGGAUACAGCAUAAGUCCCUGACUACCUUCGCGGACUUCCCUGACUGUCUUCGCGGACUUACUGUGCCAUUUCUUGACGGUGCAGAGCAGGGGCGCCCUGUCCUGCACGGAUAUCGUAGUCUGAGGCUUGAGUUGGCUUGAACCAUAAGGAGUGGGUAGUAAUGGGUCAAGAGGGAGUGGUUUUGAUGGAGUGGGUUGAGAAGGACUUGGGACUCAAGUACAAGCGUGCCCCGCUUGACCAAUUUUACGUGGAAGCAUCAUACUUCCGUCAUUUAGUAUGAAAUGGACAAGGGCCAGGGAAGGUGGGACUGUUGAGAAUACGGUGAGGUUGUACAGGAGGUGGCCAUGGCAUUGCGUGCAGACCUCAUUGCACGGGUUACACAACAGCAUGUGGGGUAACGUGGCUGCGGUGCACGCCGUGGGACCGUCCUGUGGCCCUGUCGCCACUUGGCCCUUUAUCCGGUGUGAUGGGUGUGAAUGCGUAAUGGAAAGGGCAGGCUGGCUGAGUCCGAAUGUUGUGGCGCGGGUGUAUGUGCCAAUUCAAGCAGUCGUGUUUCCGUAUGUGGGUGUGAGAAGUGGUGGCGGGGCUGGUGUGCUGCAGAGAGGGGCUGUUGGUCCAGGUUUGUCCUAGCCUCCUAGGUACUCCCCAGGCCGCCGGCAUGGGGCCUGUAACACACACAAGCAAGCAGCAAAUGCGGAUCCUAUUAUCC